AUGGCGCCCAACGCCCUAAGCCCACAGCUCCCCCGACAUACCGUUAUCGUGGGUGGCGGCAUAGUCGGCGCGGCGACCCUGUUCUUCUCGGCUCGGCACCCGGCCCGAUUAGGGGCUGCGGAGCGCUCCAAGUUGACGCUGCUGGAGGCAACCCGUGAGCUCGCUCCCGCCGCAAGCGGCAAGGCUGGCGGAUUCCUGGCGGUGGACUGGCACGGUGAGGCAACAGCAAGUCUGGCGAAGCUGAGCUUCGAGCUUCACCGUCAGCUCGCCACCGAGGGAGGAGGGGCAACAAGAUGGGGAUACCGCAACGUUGAGACCCUGCAGGUGAACUUUGACACGGCCACCAAGAGCUCCUCAGAGUGCCCCAAGGAAUUGAAUUGGAUCAACCCGAAGAUCGUGACCUCAACCAAGAAAUUAGGAGGUGGCGGGAGUACCGGUCAGGUGACACCAAAAUACCUGGUCGAGUAUCUUGUGGAGGAAGCAAGAAAGCAGGAAGGAGUCGAUGUCCGUCUGGGAACCAGUGUCAUCGCUCUUGACACCACAGGAGACGGACGGGUUAAGGGGGUGCGUGUGCGCAAGUCGGACGGGAAGGAAGAGCUUAUAGAAUGCGAUCGCGUCGUCGUCGCAGCCGGCCCCUGGACCGGUUCGCUUCUGCGCGCGCUGGUACCGGACUGGUCCGCGCGCAUCCCGCUCGAGCUGUUGCAGAAAGGCAAGUCGAUCGACGGAUCGCGGGCGCACUCCCUCGUCAUCCGCGGCAAGCUGCCGACAACGGCGCAUUGCCUCUUCACCGAAAUCAAGUACACGGCCAGCGACGGCAGCUCGCGGGCGGCGGGUCCUGAGGUGUAUUGUCGCGGAGAUGGUACCGUUUACCUGUGUGGCGCGACAGAUUCCGUCCCACUCCCGAAGAGGGCGGACGAGGUGGUGUGUGAUUUCGCAGAGAUAGCGCGUCUUCUCGAACAAGCUCGUGUCGUGGGCCCAAACGUAUUUGGCGAGGGCGCCAAAGUGGAAAAAGAGCAGGCGUGCUAUCUCCCCGGAGGACCCUUCAGCGGCCCUCUGAUCGAUGGAUCGGCCGACCAUGGCCUUUUCAUUGCUUCGGGCCACACAUGCUGGGGCAUCACGCUGGGUCCGGGGACAGGCAAGGUGAUGUCGGAGCUGCUGUAUGACGGGAAAGCGAUCUCUGCCGACAUCAGCAAGCUGCAGGCAUAA